AUGUCAACAUUUUAUUUAAAAUAAGUAAAAUAAAUUAUUUAUUUAUUCCUUUUAGAUAACAAUAGUAUUCUUGGAUAUAUCUCUUAAAAAGAUAAUAGAAAAGCAUAAUCAUAGUCAAAUAUUUAAGGGAUUUGCUUCAAUUAGAUAAGUGAUAAGAGCAAGGCUCAGUGCGGUUAGAAUGAGGAUAGUUAAGAUAGUUAAGUAAAAAAUAAUAUGCUAGACUAUAAAAAGCUAUAUAACAAUUAUUUAAGUGGAUUAGACUACAUUUAUAAAGUUAAUUAAUGGUAAAAUAGCCUCAAAAACAAUAAUUUAAAUAUAGAAAUUUAACAAAAUGUAUUAGAAUUGUAUUUAAAAUAAGAAAAUGAUAUUAGACUCCCUCAUUUAUGGUUAAAAAAGAAACUAACAAUUAAAAUAAAAAACUAUAAGCAAAAAAUAAAUUAAAUUAUGAAAUAGAAUCAAAAUAAUGCAGAAAAAUCUCUUAAAAUAUUUUUAAAAAUACAUUUGAAGCACUUUUAAUUAAUAAAUAAAGGGGGGAAAAUGAUAUUUUAAAUAUCAAUCAAUUAAUUAUUCAAUUUUAGAAAGCAACUUAUGAGGUACAUGAAAGGGCAUUCCUUUCAUUAUUAUGUUGAGAAAUUACUUAGUUACCCUUAGAAUUUAUAAGUUGAUGCUUCUUAAUUUUUGGUGAAUGAAAAUGUUGAAUGCUUUGGAAAGUUUGAAGUAGUAGAAAAAAAUAAGUGUUAGAGAAAAUUUUAUUUUAAAAAAUUGAAUUAGAUGUUCCUCACUGUUUGA